AUGAGGGAGUGGUGGGUCCAAGUGGGGCUCCUGGCUGUGCCCUUGCUGGCUGCCUACCUGCACAUCCCGCCCCCUCAGCUCUCCCCUGCUCUGCACGCAUGGAAGACUUCCGGCAAGUUCUUCACCUACAAGGGACUGCGCAUCUUCUACCAAGACUCCCUGGGCGUGGUUGGAAGCCCCGAGAUAGUUGUGCUUUUACAUGGCUUUCCGACAUCCAGCUACGAUUGGUACAAGAUCUGGGAAGGUCUGACCCUGAGGUUUCAGCGAGUGAUUGCCCUUGAUUUCUUAGGCUUUGGCUUCAGUGACAAACCGCGACCACAUCAGUAUUCCAUAUUUGAGCAGGCCAGCAUCGUAGAGUCUCUUCUGCGGCACCUGGGACUACAGAACCGCAGAAUCAACCUGUUGUCUCACGACUAUGGAGAUAUUGUUGCUCAGGAGCUGUUGUACAGGUACAAGCAGAAUCGAUCUGGACGGCUUACCAUAAAGAGUCUCUGUCUGUCAAAUGGAGGUAUCUUUCCUGAAACCCACCGGCCUCUCCUCCUCCAAAAGCUCCUCAAAGAUGGAGGUGUGCUUUCACCGAUCCUUACAAGGCUCAUGAACUUCUUUGUGUUCUCUCGAGGUCUUACUCCAGUCUUCGGCCCGUAUACUCGACCCAGUGAGAGUGAGCUGUGGGACAUGUGGGCUGGGAUCCGCAACAACGACGGGAACUUGGUCAUCGACAGUCUUUUACAGUACAUCAAUCAACGAAAGAAAUUCAGAAGACGCUGGGUGGGAGCACUUACUUCUGUGAGCAUCCCCAUUCACUUUAUCUAUGGGCCAUUGGAUCCUAUAAACCCCUACCCAGAGUUUCUGGAGCUGUACAGGAAAACGCUGCCGCGGUCCACAGUGUCGAUUCUGGAUGACCACAUUAGCCACUACCCACAGCUAGAGGAUCCCAUGGGCUUCUUGAAUGCAUACAUGGGCUUCAUCAACUCCUUCUGA